AUGAAGCCAUCCAUGCAUGCACUGAUGGCUACUUGCAUGGCAUGGUUGGCGCUCUUCAAUGGCGCCUUUCUUGCUGUUGCUGGUGGCAACUACAACUACAAGGAAGCACUCACAAAGUCAUUGCUGUUUCUUGAGGCCCAGAGGUCAGGGAAGCUCCCGCCAAAUUCCAGGAUCUCUUGGAGAGGGGACUCGGCACUUGAUGAUGGGAAGCUUGCUAAUGUGGACCUUGUUGGGGGGUAUUAUGAUGCAGGUGAUAAUGUUAAGUAUGGGCUACCAAUGGCCUUCACCAUUACAACACUUGCAUGGUCUGCAAUUGCUUAUCAGUCUGAGCUACAAACCACAGGGGAGCUGAAGAAUGUGCAUGCCGCCAUUCGUUGGGGAACAGAUUAUUUCCUCAAAGCUAGCGUCAAGAGCAAUAGCUUGUGGGUUCAGGUUGGGGAUCCGAAUGCGGAUCAUCAGUGUUGGGUGCGACCUGAGAACAUGAAGACACCAAGAACUCUCUACAAGAUUGAUGAAAGUCAGCCAGGGACAGAGAUUGCAUCGGAGAUAGCUGCUGCCAUGGCUGCUUCUUCCAUUGCAUUUAAGGACAAUGACCCCAAGUAUGCUAGUAGUCUCCUUAAUAAAGCCAAGGAGCUCUUUGAAUUUGCGAAGAACCAUAAAGGAACUUAUGAUGGGGAAUGCCCAUUCUACUGCUCCUUUUCUGGUUAUAAUGAUGAGUUGCUGUGGGCUGCUUCAUGGCUGUACAUGGCUACAAAAUUGGAUCAUUACUCGAAAUAUAUCACUCAAGAAGUCAUAACUGCUAGUGUGGCUGAAUUUAGCUGGGAUUUAAAGUAUGCUGGCGCACAAGUUCUUCUCUCAGAUUUAAAUCUCACGGGGGAGAAUGGCGUCGAAAACUACAAAACUCAGGCUGACAACUUCGUUUGUGCAGUCCUCCCAGAGAGUCCACUCCACCAAGUGUACAUUUCUCCAGGGGGGUUGAUUCAUCUCCGGGAUGGAGCAAACACACAAUAUGUCACGGGUGUCGCCUUUUUGUUUGGUAUUUAUAGUGACAUUCUCACAAAGAAUCGUCAAACCGUUUCAUGUGGAACGAAGGUGUUCCAACCCACUCGCCUGAGGGAGUUUGCUAAGCAACAGAUGGACUAUAUCUUGGGUAGCAACCCUAGGGGAAGGUCCUACAUGGUUGGAUUUGGCACCAACCCACCAACGCAGCCCCACCACCGUGGUGCGUCGGUGCCGGUGCUCCCGAGUAACACGCAGGUUGACUGUGCCAUGAGCUUUGCAAAUUGGUACCAGAAGGAUCAGCCCAAUCCUAAUGAGCUCACCGGUGCUAUAGUUGGUGGCCCCGACCGCUACGACGACUUCGACGACAAGCGCUCAGACUCAUCUAAGCUCGAGCCUUGCACCUACAUCAACUCUCUUGCUGUUGGCCCCCUUGCCAAACUUGCCGUGCAUGGAGCUUGA